AGCCAGAUCUAAUCCUUCAUGUAGUUGCAGAACAGCAGUGGAAUAUUUGGGGAUUUUUGUCUUUAACCAGCUUCCAGAGCAUUUGAACCCUAGGCUAAAGUGACUGCAGAUAUUUUAAACCACUCUGGAUUGCUCUUAUCCUUCCAGCGAAAAACAUGAUUCAGACUUUCUUAAAGAGCCCAAAGAGUCUGGUUGUUUUAAGGCAGUGUUCUUAGACUUGGAUUGAUGAUGGUAGACCAAAAGGAAAACUAUAUGAGGAAUGAUGGGAAAGAUGGCAAGGGAUGGUACGUGAAGACCUGCAGUGGCUGUCCAGGAAAGCAAGAAAAAGAUGAUGUACAGAGAAAAUGAGUAACUUACUAAUCACUGGAACCGAUUCAUUAUGAAACUGACUGACUCAGGUAGAGGAGUCGAUAAAACCACCUGAUCAGGGGAAAGGAAGACACAACAGAAACCAGAGUGCGCAUCGCAGAGCGGCUCCAGCCGGCACCCCCAGCGUCCAGCCUUGGCCUCUCUGCUGUCCCUGCUGGGUCCAGGAGGUCUCCUUUGGGUCGGGGGCAGCCGGAGUCCUCCCUUCCUCCCUCGGGAUGUCUCUCCUCUGGCUGAGCUGCCUCUGCUUCUCUUUCCUCCUGCCCGCAGCCCUGGGCACCUCUAGGAAGGAAGACUGUGACUGUAAUGGGAAAUCUAGACAAUGUGUCUUUGAUCAAGAGCUACAAAGGAGGACUGGAAAGGGAUUCCGCUGUGUCAAUUGCAAUGACAAUACAGCUGGUGUACACUGUGAGAGGUGCAAGGAUGGGUUUUACCGCCAGAGAGACAGAGACCGCUGCUUGCCCUGCCAUUGCAACACCAAAGGCUCUCUUGCCUCCCGAUGUGACAACCAUGGACGGUGCAGCUGUAAAUCGGGUGUGAUGGGAGACAAAUGUGACCGAUGCCAGCCAGGGUUCCACACUCUCACAGAAGCUGGGUGUGCUCGCAAUAGACAACUACGAAUUGUCAUUUCUGAUCUGGAACAACAGAAAAGAAAAUGCAGUGCUAGACCUAACCUUUAUCCUCAUGUUGGUGUUCUCCUACCUGUUACUUCUUUUUUUAAUGGAAUUCUUGGUAUUUCAGGUACAGGGUACAUCGAUAAUGUGACCCUGAUUUCAGCUCGUCCCAUCUCUGGGGCUCCAGCACCCUGGGUUGAAAAAUGUGUAUGUCCUCCUGGGUACAAGGGACAAUUCUGCCAGGAUUGUGCCCCUGGAUACAAACGAGAUUCUGCCAAGCUUGGCUCUUUUGGAAGUUGUAUACCAUGUAACUGUCAAGGUGGAGGAGCCUGUGACCCGGAUACUGGAGAUUGUUAUUCAGGGAUGAAAACCCAGACAAUCGACUGUGCUGAUUGCCCCAUUGGUUUCUAUAAUGAUCCUCAGGACCCCCGAAGCUGUAAGCCAUCUUGUCAAAAUGGCUUCAGCUGCUCUGUGAUGCCAGAGACAGAGGAGGUUGUCUGCAAUAACUGCCCGCAAGGGAUCACUGGCGUUCGCUGUGAGCUCUGCGCUGAUGGCUACUUUGGAGACCCUUUUGGUGAAAAUGGCCCUGUACGGCCCUGCCAGCCUUGUCAGUGCAACAACAAUAUUGACCCUGGUGCAUCUGGGAACUGUGAUCAUCGGACAGGGGAAUGUUUGAAAUGCACUUACAACACAGCCGGCUUCCAUUGUGACCGAUGCAAAGAGGGCUUCUUUGGGAAUCCUCUGGCUACCAAUCCAGCAGACAAGUGUCGAGCAUGCAAUUGCAACUCAGUGGGAUCUGAGCCUCAGGGGUGUCGAAGUGAUGGGAGCUGCAUCUGCAAGCCAGGAUUCGGGGGCAUCCAUUGUGAUCACUCAGCAUUGACCACCUGUCCAACCUGCUACAACCAAGUGAGAGUUCAGUUGGAACAGUACUUGCAGCAGCUGCAGAGCGUGGAGGCUCUUGUUCUGAAGGUACAGGCUGGUGGUGGGUCGCUACCCAAUGCAGAAUUGGAAGGCAGGCUCAAGGAAGCAGAGAGGACCCUUCAGGACAUUCUGAGAGAAGCUCAGAUCUCUGAAGGCUCAGGGAGGUCCCUGAAGCUCCGCCUAGACAAAGCAAGAGCCCAAGAGAACAACUACCAGGCCCGCCUGAAUGAGCUCAAGAUGACCGCGGACCGGAUGCGGGCCCUGGGGAAUCAGUAUCAGAGCCAAGUCCAGGACACUCGGAGGCUGAUUGCCAAGAUGAGACUGAGCUUGGAGGAAAGCAAAACCUCUCUAAGGAACACUAAUAUCCCACCUUCAGACCGGUAUGAGGGACCAAAUGGCUUUAAGACACUAGCCCAAGAGGCCUGGAAGCUAGCAGACAGUCAUGUGAAGUCAGCUAAUGAUAUGGAACGACUGGAGGGAGAAACCAGAGAUUAUUCUAACCAAGCCUUAGAAUUGGUUCGCAAAACUGUGACUGAAGGAGGGGCAGGAAGCAGUGUGGACAGCUCUGUGGUACAAGGGCUUGUGGGAAAAUUUGAGGAAGUCAAAUCCAUGGCUCAACAGUUGGGGAGAGAGGCUGGUCAAGCUGACAGUGAGGCAGAAAAGGCUUACCAGCAGAGCCUCCACCUACUGAACUCCAUGGUUCAACACCCAGGAAUCUCUCACCAGGCCACUGAGGAAGCAACAAAGAGAAUCAGACAGGAAGCUGACUCUCUGUCAAGUCUGGUAACAAGACAUAUAACGGAGUACAAACGCUUGCAAGACCGCCUGGGAGACUGGGAGGAGGAAACACAGCGGCUGUUACAAGAUGGAGAGAAGGAGAGACAGAAAUCGGAUCAGCUGCUUUCUCGUGCCAAUCUUGCUAAAAGCAGAGCUGAAGAGGCACUGAGCAUGGGCAAUGCUACUUUUUAUGAAGUGGAGAGCAUUUUAAAAAAUCUCAGGGAAUUUGACCUGCAGGUCGGAGAUAGGAAAACAGAAUCAGAAGAUGCUCUGAGGAGACUCCCCAUUAUCAGUCAGAUGGUCACAGAUGCCAAUGACAAAACAGGCCGGGCAGAGGCAGCCCUGGGCAGUGCUUCUGCGGAUGCCAGGCGAGCAAAGAGCAUGGCAGGAGAGGCGCUAGAGAUUGCUGAUAAUAUCGAACAGGAGAUAGGGAGAUUGAACUUAGAAGCUAACACAACAGCAGAUGCUGCCUUGGCACUGGAGAAGGGAAUGGCCAGUCUGAGGAGCGGGAUCCGGGAUGUGGAAGGAGAGCUUGGAAGGAAAGAACUGGAGUUUGAUCAGGAUGGGGACACUGUGCAGAUGGUGAUUCAGGAAGCCCAAGGAGCUAAUUCCAGAGCCCAAAAUGCAGGUCUUACCAUCCGAGAUACACUAAAUGCCUUGGACAGCAUCCUGAGUCUAAUAGAUCAGCCCAACAGUGUGGACGAAGAAGGGUUAAUCUUGCUAGAACAGAACCUCAGCAGAACCAGAAACAAGAUCAAUGCUCAGCUUCGGCCCUUGAUGUUGGAACUGGAGGACAGGGUUCGGAGGCAGCAAGGCCACCUGCAGGUCCUAGAGGGAAACAUCAAUGGGAUCCUGGCUGAUGUCAAGAACUUGGAGGAUAUUCAAAACAACCUGCCUCCAGGCUGCUAUAAUACACAAGCCCUAGAGCAACAGUGAAGUGGACCAGGAGAUUUCUCUUCCUUGUUUCUCAGGUCUCAGACCCCAGAGUUCAAGGGACAGCUGUGGUAGGGGUGGGGGUGGGAGAGGGACAAUUGGACCUAACUGAACCAGUCUUGCUCAGAUCAAUUGAACCUGAUUCCAGUGCUGUGACUGUAAGCCAAGCAAAGGUCUGGCUGUAUGAGUGUGAUUCUAUUUGUUUCACCUUGUUAGGUAAUGAAGCAAAUGGCAUUCCACCAUGAGACUGAUUGAGCAGCCAAGUCCCCAGUUUUGAGGGGAGAGUAAGCACAAGGGGAAGUGGCCAAAUCAAAACAUCUCAUCCAUAAUGGGGAGGGGGUGGCAAAUUGGGCUUUGCCUAAGAGCAAAAAUAUCUGGAGGUGAAGUAUCCCCAAUUCACAGGGAUUACCAUCCUUGGACCUUGCUUUGGCCCAUCUAGACAGCAUUCCCAGGGGUCUAUCUUAUGGUACUUUUCCCCUAGGUUCUAGGUUUACUUCCCUCCCAACCCUCAUGGAAGUGAAGGCCAGAUGCUCCCCUCUUGUGGCAGGCUUGAACCUACUGUCCAACUGACCUUUAUGCCAUUGUUCCCUCACCCCAAAUUCUUUUUUGCCCAAGUGAAAAAAAAAUGACUAGUUUCUGUUCUACAGAACAACCUUAAGCGCAAGUGUGCAUUCAGGAAAUAGGCUUGAAAAACAUAAUCAUGCUCCGAUUCAUCUCUCUGACUCUUCUGGGCAAAAAGGAAUGCUCCAAGUUUACCCAACCUUUCCAAAUCCAUCCUAGAAUCAAAAGAGGGAAUGAAAUGCAGUGAAAUACUAUUAUCUCUUGGGAUCCAUGGCAAGACUUUUGCCCUUUGACAUUUUUCCCCGCUUAUCUACUCAUGAAGAUUACACUUAUCCCACUUAGAAACCAAAUGAGUAGAAGUAAAAGUGGGAGAUGAGGGAACAUGGAUUCAGCAUACAUUCCCGUGGCAUUCAAGGCUCCACUGCUUGGUGAUCCUAUUGCCUCAAAGAGUUUUCCAGUCUGGGUGUGCCAGUAGCCUUUACCUUUCUGUCUAAUGAUACAAACUGAAUUUCAUUAAAGCAUUAGCAAUGAAAGAAACAAAGAAGGGAAACUUUUUGGUUGCAGACUGAUAAAAUAUGCAGCUUGAAUGUUGAGAGAGAUAAAAUUUUUAUCAAAAGAAUCAAGUCAUCCUUCCUUUGACCUCCCUUUUAAAAUCCCUUUUGAAAUUCAAAAUGUAUUUCGUAGACCUCCUUUCCUUAAUAUGCCAAAGGAUGCUGCCUCUAGCCUGAUCUGAGUAGAAAAUUUUGUCUGUCCUAAACAGUGUUUGGUGGAGUACCUACCUGGAUGUACCUCUGCCUCAAGCUUGAAAGAAAUUGGUGCUGCCUUUCCUCUUCCCGCCAUGUUUUUCCCCUUUACUUUUAAUGGACAUGUUUUUAAAUAAAGAGGUAUUGAGUAAGCUGCC